AUGGGAAAUACGGUUUCCGGAGCUCAAAAACUUGUGGUGCAGGCGUUCAUUCCACAGAAUGAAACUAACAACAAUGAAGCGCCUAAAAAUCCACACGGCCUUACCAACACAGCUGGCAUGAGCCCACCACCGGAAUGUCCAAUGCACGUCAAAACAGAUGAUAAGAAAGCCGCUGGAUGUGCUGUGGCGGGAAACCCAGAUGACAUUAAUCCGCUUAAUAUGAUGCCACCUCCAAAUCAAAAACCAGCACCGGAUCAACCAUUUCUAUUACCAACAGAACGAGAAGUAUCUACUAUACCUAAGUCAGAAGGAGAGGGUGACUUUUGGGUUUAUCCGUCAGCUCAAAUGUUUUGGAAUGCAAUGUUACGAAAAGGGUGGCGUUGGAAAGACGAUGAUUUAUCACCAAAAGAUAUGGAUGUUAUAAUUAAAAUACACAACAUCAACAAUGAGCUUGCUUGGCGAGAGGUACUAAAAUGGGAAGCUUUCCACGCAAAUGAAUGUAUGAAUCCAAAGUUGAAAAGCUUUGGGGGUAAAGCUAAACAUUUUUCUCCAAGAGCAAGAAUAAGAAAUUGGAUGGGAUAUGAACUACCUUUUGAUAGACAUGAUUGGAUAGUAGAUCGUUGUGGUAAAGAAGUACGAUAUGUUAUUGAUUAUUACAGUACAGAUAAUUCACCAAAUAAAUAUCAAGUGGCUAUUUUGGAUGUAAGGCCAGCCUUAGAUUCAUUUGGUGCGUUGUGGGAUCGUUCAAAAGCAGCUUAUUGGAGAUGGCGAUAUGAAGCUGAAAUGGAAAGAAAUAUUGCAAAUAAAAUGGAAGAAUUAAGAAGCGAUGAUAAAGUGUGA